GAUUCGGUAAAUAAUUAUUGGUUAAUUUGUUUAUAAUUUAUGAUAAUUGAAAUUAAUGAAAGUUUGAUGAGAUUUGUUAUUGUGAUUAUGUGAUCUGAAUCACCCGUUAUAGUGUGGGUCAGGACAUGACGCGGUCUUGCUUUAGCAGUGUCAUGUUCAACAUUUUGGCGCUACCUCAUUGCUUCUUUUCUGUAGAGGAAAAACAAAUUUUAAAUUAUUGUGAAAAAAAAGAGUAUAAACUUAUUUUUUUUAUUAUGGUGGAAAAGAUUUCAUUGAUUUCAGGCCAUGAAAUUAAUAGAACCAUGAUUCAGAUUUCAGAUGGAGAUUGUUCCUCUGGCAGUGUAAAAUUAUGAGUGAAAAAAAAAUGGUAAGAAAGGGUCUUUGAUGUCCGAGCAAUAAUGUUAAAAUCCAAUGGGUUCUAAUGGUUUCUAAUGUAUUAUAUGGCGAUUUAGAAUUCAAAAUUGAAAGUUUAGUUCAAGAGUUACAGUUUUAACUGGUUGUUAAUGCUGAGUGGGUCACAUCAACAGGUGGCUGUGAAGGGUAGGGAUAGCCUACAAAAUUGUGAUUUAAGAGUGUGAAUAGCCCUAUCCUUAUGGCAUUUACUUGCGGUCACGUCAACUCUCUCUACCUUUCCUUCAUCGACAUUGCUUCUGAAAUUGCCUUUUCUUUCUUUGUUUCUUCUUUCUCCCUCUUACUUUUUUAUCCACACACCAUUUUUUCUGCAAAUCCUACCUUAUCUCUUGCCAUUUUAAGCCUAAAAAAAGUCCAACCUUAGUUUUUCUUGUGUAUUUUUUCCCAGGCGUUGUAAAAUGUUAAUUUUUUUUAAUUAAAAAAAAUAUUAAGAUUAGAGAUUAGAUGGAAAAGUGAAAGCAUGGGAGUAUAUUGUAAAGGCCCCUCUUCUAUUUUGUCUUUGUCAACAGAAAUAUAUAUAUGUGGGACUUUCCACCUUGGUGGUGGGGUAUAUAAUCCAGGUCAAUAUUUUGUUUCCUUUUAAAAUAUUUAUAAUUUAAAUGGGUGCUCUUAUAACUCUUAAAGGUCAAAAUUCUAUGCCCAUUCUUAUCCUCUCGGAUAAAAGGGGAAAAACAUAAACAAGAUGAAGACAGUAAGUUUUAUUUAUUGAUUAUAUUUUCACAUCAUUACAUUCUAAACUCGAUUCAAACUCGAAUGAUUCUAGUCAAGCAGUGUUAGCGUCAUUUCAUGAUGUCCGGGUGUUAAGAUCUCGUCGUUUAGAGAGAGCAAAUCAGACGACCGAAAGUUUUACAUAUUUACAGCAACUAAGACACUCCAUUUGAGAACUGAUUCAAGGAAAGACCGCGUGGCAUGGAUACAAGCUUUGGUGUCAACUCGUAGUUUGUACCCUCUAAGCGGUCAUCAUCUAUUCCUUGCACCUUAUCAUAUAUCUGUAUCUACCGAAAGGCUUAAGAAGCGCUUGAUUGAAGAGGGUAGCGGUGAGAAUCUUGUCAAGGAGUGUGAACAAAUUAUGCUUGCAGAGUUUUCAGAAUUACAAGAGCAGCUUAAAAUUCUUUGUCAAGAACGAUCAAGUUUGUUUGAUACGAUUAGGCAGUUGGAGGCAGCUAACAUUGAACCUGAGGGCUCUGCCUUGCAUGACAGUGAAUACCAACUAACAAAGAAUGGAUUUUCAAAUCUAGGGCGUGGAAAAUAUAGUGAAUGCAGUACAACGGAAUCAUCUGAUGAUAUCGAGAAACAAGAGGUAGAAGAAGUGUCUGAAGAAGAUGAAAUAUCAUAUUAUGAUAGUAGAGACUAUUUUACAGAACCUGGUUUUAGGUGUGGGUCAAAUACGUUGGAUCAAGUGAACAUGUCCGGGGAAGCUAAUAGACAAUGCCUUGAUGUGGAAAACAGCCAUGUUGAAACAAUGACAUAUGAUUAUGGGUAUCCUCAAAUUGCAAGGCGAAAAAAGCUUCCGGAUCCUGUUGAGAAGGAGAAGGGCGUUAGUCUUUGGUCAAUGAUCAAAGACAAUGUGGGCAAAGAUCUCACACGCGUUUGUCUUCCUGUAUACUUUAAUGAACCAAUCUCAUCCCUUCAGAAAUGUUUCGAGGAUUUGGAGUAUUCUUAUCUUCUGGAUAGAGCUUAUGAGCAUGGAAAAUCGGGAAACAGCCUCCUCCGGGCACUGAAUGUUGCCGCCUUUGCUGUUUCUGGAUAUGCAUCGUCUGAAGGUCGGCUUUGUAAGCCUUUUAAUCCCUUGUUAGGGGAAACUUACGAAGCCGAUUUUCCUGACAAAGGAGUUCGGUUCUUUUCUGAGAAGGUUAGUCACCAUCCAACUGUGGUUGCCUGCCAUUGUGAAGGUAGAGGAUGGAGGUUUUGGGCAGACAGUAACAUUCAUUCAAAGUUUUGGGGAAGGUCAAUUCAACUUGAUCCUGUUGGAGUUCUGACACUUGAAUUUGAUGAUGGUGAAAUAUUUCAGUGGAGCAAGGUUACUACUACAAUUUAUAAUCUUAUCCUUGGCAAAUUAUACUGUGGUCAUCAUGGGAAUAUGGAAAUCCGUGGUAAUCGCCAAUAUUCAUGCAGGCUCAAGUUCAAAGAGCAAACCAUUCUUGACCGAAAUCCUCGCCAGGUAAAUGGAUUUGUUGAAGAUACAACGGGUAAAAAAGCAGCCACAAUAUUUGGCAAGUGGGAUGACAGCAUUUAUUAUUUUGACGGUGAUGUGAAUGUCAAGCCUAAAGAUUAUACUUCGUCCAGUGGAUCAUUGUUGUGGAGAAGGACUAAGCCACCACCAAAUCUCACUCGUUACAAUUUGACAUCAUUUGCCAUAACACUGAAUGAGCUUACACCAGGACUAAAGGAGAAGCUUCCACCAACGGAUUCCAGGCUGAGACCUGAUCAGCGGCACUUAGAGAAUGGGGAAUAUGAGAAGGCUAAUAUGGAGAAACAAAGGUUGGAAAAGAGGCAAAGAAUGUCAAGGAAAAUGCAAGAGAAUGGUUGGGAGCCAAGGUGGUUUCGCAAAGAAGGUGAAAAUGGAACAUUUCUAUAUACCGGCGGGUAUUGGGAAGCUAGAGAUGUAGGAACAUGGGAUGGAUGCCCAAACAUAUUUGGUGAAUUUCAAGAAAGCAUCGUUGAAACCUUAUGAUGCAUCUUGAUUUUUGUUCAGAUGGAACCUCUGAAUGCAAACCAAUAAGUCUCUAGAGGGUUUAUCUUAAACCUUCUUGCAUGGCCAAUACUUUUUUUUAUUGAAUGGAAGAGAUAGCAGCCGUUUGGUACAUUUAAAAAUGAGGCUCUUGCAGCUCUGGUUGGAAAGAUUUUGUUGAAACACUUUGUGUAAUCACAAACAGUAAAGGGAGUAGAAAAAGUAAAUCAAGCAAUAUACCAUCUCGAAGUUGCUUGUGGAAUUAAAUGGGAUCAAUUGUCUAUGGCUGCUGAAGUUGUAAUUUUCUUAACUUAAUGGACUAAGCUUUGCCUGUACACAGCUCUUUGCUGUGGCGGUGUUCAAUGAGAAUCCCGAACCGAGGCUGUUAUUACUUUCCCAGAUGAGCAUAUAUAUGAGCAAAAAAAUUAAGCUCAGCAAAAAGCAGUUGUUAGAUUAGGAUGUUGUCUGUGCUCAAUUGUCACAAUCUUAUUCUUGUUUUUUUUUUUAUAAAUUUUGUUAGUAUGUAAUUAUUCGGGUAUUAGUUUAUGUAAGAUUCACUUCCCUUUAAUUCUGAUAUAACUACUACUGACAUGGCCGAAAGUUUAUAUAUAUCGAUUUAUUUCA